AUGGCAACUCAGAAAUCCCCAGCUCCUCACGAAGAACAGGAGGAGGAACACAACAUUGUUCCCGAUCUCCCUGAAUCCGUCAGUCAAGGCAAGAGAAGAGAACACAGACUCCUGAAUGCACUUGAUGCAGUCGAUCAGGGCCUCUUGCCAGACAUGGUUGCAGAAGCCUAUAAUUUCUUCUUCGAGGCAGAGAUCGUUGACCUUCGUAAAGCCCAAUCAACAACGUCGCCCCAACCCGCCUUCAAGAUCCCAGACCCUGAGUUCUUUGAGAAUUCCUCCAUCGCUAUCUCUUGGGAACAAUGGAAAGAUAAAAUGAUGAACAAGAUUCGUGCUUUUGGAAACUCCGAUCCCAUCGUACAAUUGAUUAUCGAAGAGAUCUUUGUUACUUUGGAAGGUAUCUACAGGGACCCCAAUAAGAAACAGAACGUCCAACGACCAAUUACUGGAAGAUCUGAUCUACAAGUUGAGCAACGAACUCAGCGAUAA